UGCCUGCGCACCAAGUGGAACGCUCCAGCUCGCUCUGGGCUCUGUUGUUGUGCAGAGCUGCAGAAGGCCUGAUAGAGUCAGCUAGACAGAGAGAGGAGGAAGGGAGAGACACAGAGACAGAGGCAGACACACUGUGGAUCCAGAGCCUGUGUUUUCAUUUCAUCACCCAGUUCAACCAGCGACACCAGAGAGGAAGGGGACGAAGGGACGAGGAAGACAAAAAGGAGCCUCAGUGACAGCAGGGAAAGUGAAAGAGAGGCAAGGUGAAGGAGGAGAAGGAAGGAAGGAAAGGGAGGGAGGAAGGAGGCUGGGGCAUGAGGAGGGGCGCCUGACUGACAUUGCUGCUCUUGCUAUCAGCUCACACACACACACACACACACCGACGCAGGCAGACACACAUACUCAGCCAGAUUGUGCACUGCACAGUUGCUGCUCUUUUUUUUAAUCCUUUGCGGAGCUUUGUCUUCCAUCCUUUCUUCUCCUCUGAGCAAGAGGACAAGAGAGACACAGAGAGAGGAGGAAGAGGAGGAGGGGAAAGGACGAGGAGGAGAAGGAGGAGGAGGGGAGGCAGUAACCCUCUCCUCUCCUUUACUCAGACACAGCAGAGAGAGAUAGGGAGAGAAGAGUAAAAAAAGAGAGAGAGAGAGAAAGCAGAUUUCUGUUCUAUUUCGCCGUCUCCUGUGGUCCCUCGGCCAGCGAGCGGCUAACAGGCACCGCUCAUGUCCGUGAACUCAGAGAAAUCCUCGUCCCCUGAAAGGCCUGAGACCCAGCAGAAAGCCCCAGUGAGUGCUCCUCCUCCCCCACCGCCCCCUCCGCCUCCCCCUGAGCCGGCAGGGCCUCCAGAGCCGGAGGAGGAGAUCCUGGGCUCCGAUGAUGAGGAGCAGGAGGACCCCGCAGAUUACUGCAAAGGAGGGUACCAUCCGGUGAAGAUCGGGGAUUUGUUCAAUGGGAGGUACCAUGUGAUCAGGAAGCUGGGAUGGGGCCACUUCUCCACCGUAUGGCUAUGCUGGGACAUACAAGUGAAGAACUUUGUGGCGAUGAAGGUGGUGAAGAGCGCCCAGCAUUACACAGAGACGGCCCUGGAUGAGAUCAAACUGCUGCGAUGUGUGCGAGAGAGCGACCCCAGUGACCCCAACAAAGACAUGGUAGUCCAGCUGAUAGAUGACUUCAAGAUCUCUGGAGUCAAUGGCAUUCAUGUGUGUAUGGUGUUUGAGGUGCUGGGUCACCACCUGCUGAAGUGGAUUAUUAAAUCCAACUACCAAGGUCUGCCGCUGCCAUGUGUCAAGAGCAUUAUCCGACAGGUCCUGCAGGGUCUGGACUACCUCCACACGAAGUGUAAAAUCAUCCACACGGACAUAAAGCCAGAGAACAUCCUGAUGUGUGUAGAUGAUGCAUUUGUUAGGCGCAUGGCCAUGGAGGCAACCGAAUGGCAGAAAGCUGGAGCCCCACCACCGUCUGGAUCAGCAGUUAGCACAGCCCCUCAGCUCAAACCGGUGAGUACAACAGAUGUGGGGAAAAUCUCCAAGAACAAGAAGAAGAAGCUGAAGAAGAAACAGAAGCGGCAGGCGGAGCUGCUAGAGAGGCGGAUGCUGGAGAUUGAAGCCCUGGAGAGGGAGGCCGAGAGGAGGGAAGAGAGAGCCAAAGAAGUGGGGGAGAAAGGGGCACUUGAACACAACUUGCCUUCACCGCUGCAGCCUCCGCCACCACCGCUCGGCCCCAGCAUGGCACUUGGAGAGAGCGACGAGGAUGACGAUGAUGAGGAGGAUGGGGAGGACGAGGAGGAGGAGGGAGGAGAGAGGGAGAGGCCUAUCAGAUUGACUAAUCAUACAUGCGCAGCACCUCCCCAGGAGCAGAGCGAUGUACCCCACAUCACCGAUGACAACCCCGAUGAGGAGGUGGAAGAUGACGAGGAGCCCACGCCUGUCGCUGAAAAAGAUGCCCCCAUUCCCCCCGCCACAGAGGAAGGCAACGGAGAUCUGACACAAGCAGAGGUAGAGGAACAGGAGGGGGAAGAGGGGCAGGUGGAGGAGGAGGGAUUGAAAGGGACAGAGGAUGAGAACGAGGAAGUGGAGGCGGACGAGAAGGUAGAGGAGGAGGAGGAUGAAGAAGAGGAAGAGGAGGACGAGGAGGAGGAGGAGGAGGAAGAGGAUAAACAGAAUGAAAAAGAGGAGAAUGAGACAGAGGAGCCAAAGAGUGAGAGCAAAACAGAGGAGGAGGCAGUGGUGGAAGAGGAGGAAUCAAAGGAGCAGGAGGGGGAGGAGGAUGAAGAGGAGGAGGAUGAGGAUGAGGAUGAGGAUGAGGAAGACGACGAUGAUGACACGACUGCUGACCUUCUUACAGACAACAGCCCCCCCAUCAAACCCCACAACAACAAAACCAACACGGCCAAAACCAACGGUCAUGUUUUGUUGGUGUCUGAGGGACUGAAACCGAACCCUGGCACCCCUCCGCCCCCCUCGCCCACCCCAGAGCCUCUCCUCUGCCCCCUGGUGGAGUCUGAGCUCAGCUACACAGACAGGGACAACUCUCUCAGCUCUGGUUAUGAGAUGUAUAAUGGCGAGCUGGGUGAACCGGGACUGACCAACGGCUCCAGCGAGCGCCAUCGGGCCACGAUGCCCCUCUUUCCUGACUUGCCCCUGGAUCCUGAGCCAGGAAACCCCAUAUCGGUCGGGACGGCAGACAUCGGAGCAGGGCCAUCACCUAACAGCCCCACAGCUGACCGCAGUCGCACUGUGUCAUCCUCAAGCACGGGAGAUACACCAAAAGUCAGGGCCAGAGCUGCAGACCUCCUGAUCAACCCAUUAGACCCUCGCAAUGCAGACUCUAUUCGAGUCAAAAUCGCUGAUCUUGGAAAUGCCUGCUGGGUGCACAAGCACUUUACAGAGGACAUCCAGACGAGACAGUAUCGUUCCAUUGAAGUCCUGAUAGGAGCCGGUUACAGCACUCCUGCAGAUAUCUGGAGUACUGCCUGCAUGGCAUUUGAGCUGGCUACUGGAGAUUAUCUGUUUGAGCCCCACUCUGGAGAGGACUACUCCCGUGAUGAGGACCACAUCGCUCUGAUCAUGGAGCUCCUUGGGAAGGUCCCACGCAAAGUGGUCGCUGCCGGGAAGUACAGCCGAGAGUUUUUCUCCAAGAAAGGUGAGCUGCGACACAUCACUAAGCUGAAGCCGUGGUCCUUGUUUGAUGUGUUGGUGGAGAAGUACGGCUGGUCGCACGAAGAUGCCGGCCACUUUACUCACUUCCUUCUGCCCAUGCUGGAGAUGGUGCCUGAGAAGAGGGCCUCUGCUGGCGAAUGCCUCAACCACCCCUGGCUCAACUCGUAGCCACAAACUCUGAUCAGAUGUCCUCCUCCCUUUGUUCCCCAACAGUUAGCCUAAACAUCACCCCCUGGUGGCAGCCUUUGGAACAACAUGGAGAGAAGCUGGAGACAAACAGUCAAGAGUGGAUGAGAAAGACUUCAUCUUUCCUGCCCUAUCCCAAACAUGCACCCUUACAUGCUUAUCUGACUAGGCUUAACUCCCACACAGCUCCCUCCCAUCUUUCCAAAAAGGAAUGUAAAGACAAGCUUAAGGAGAUAACGUGACAUAGUAGCUGUGUCUUCCUAAUCACCUCCCAAAAAGAAUCAGAUCAUUUGAGGAUGGAUGCUGCUCACACCGUAAAAGGGAGAAGUCAGGCUCUGUCCAAAAGAGAUGUGUUUUCUUCUUCUCUUCUGCCAUCAAGAUGUCAGCCAGUCCCUUGCAUCUAUCUACCCAUCUCCUAAAUUCUCAGUUUAACUUGUUUGGAUCUGGUCAAUGGGGCCACUGACAGCUGCUGAUCUUUUCAAUGACGUGAAAGAAAAGUCAACGAGAAGCCCCGUUGCAGUGCUGACGGCCCAGAGCUCCAUCUGCCAUGACCUUUACAUAGCCAGGGCCUCAAAGACUGACAAACGUGUGUGUGUUAUUGUGUGAGAGAAUGAGCGUAUGUGCCUGUGCUCAAGAUCUGCCUAUGUAGACCCCUUUUCCUCUCUUUCUAGUCCAGCAGCCCCACCUUCCCUCCCCCACCCUACUGUGGAAGAUGCACCCACAUUGGACUAAAAGUUUACACCCUGAUUUCCUCUAUGAAUCCAGUCCCUCUUUACCUGUUUGGUUCCCCACUUCCUCCCCUCCUAAAUGAGCUGCAUGCUCCUACAGGGAGCUACCACAGAGAAGUGGAGGACAGCCAGUCCUCCAGGGGGCACCACACUGACAGUUCUGACAGAGACAGAAAGAAAAAGUCCGGGAUGAGCAAAAAAAAAACAGAAAAACAAACAAAAAAAAACUAAACUAAAAUACAAUCCAUGUAACAUGGAGGAGGACUACUUGGUCUUUAAAGACUGUUUUUAAAAUGCAUGGGGAGACUGAUGGAUCAGCAUGAAUGGAUAUGACAAAUGGACAAUGGAUGCAUUAUUUUAUUUGUGCAUUUCGCUGGUUUCUUUCCCGUUUCAUCACCUAUUUUGGACAUUCUGUUAGAAAGAAUUAUAUUAGAAUAUUUUGGUGCCCCUCUGAGGAAGGUCACUGUGUUACAACUCCUGCUCCUUUUGACAUUCCUAAAUCUUGGUCCUCUGUCAUCAUUCCUGACUUUUACUCCCAAGAACAAUUCUGUUGAGUCCUGCUGUGGCACGUUUACCUGAUCUGAUUGGUACUAGUCCCCCUUUUAUUCCCCUAUAGAGGGACCCUUUGAUCCCUGAGCUUCUCCAGAAAGGGGAUGGUCAAAUGGAGGUUGCACUUGUCUUUGUAGAUGUCCUUCAGGGAUUUGAAACCUUUGUACAUAGAACUGAGAUCUGGCAACGCCGAUAAGCGACCGUGGACAAAGUUUCAACACACAAGCAUCAUUCCAAAAAAAGAACAACAAAAACAAAAAAAAACACAGAGGCUGUUGUUGGCAGAACUUGACUUCCUCUGGUACAGUGCGGGAGGAGCAGGCCGCCAUAGCUCCAGCCCUGGAGGAAUGUUCAGACUGAACCAUGCCACCCGGUGGCUGAAUGAGAGUACUGCAUCGCCACACACACACAGCUGCUGCUCUCAGUGCCAACGCUCCAAGACGUUUCACUAUAUCUCUCCACUUAAUCUCUUUUUCUCUGUCACACACACACACAUACACACAGACACACAAAAACUUGCAUCAUCACAAUUAGUCCAGUUGCCUAUUUUUCGCAAUAAAUGAAAAAAAAAGAUGAGUAUAAGUAAAUGGUGAGAUAUUUUUAAAAACUAUUUAAUUCAUUAUAAAAAGAGGAAAAAAAGAAAACAACUUUUCUCUGGUUGUUGUGACUGUGACAGAAUCUCGUCUUAUACUGAGGUGAUUGUGUUUGUCUAUUAGAGAUGUUUUUAUUUCUUUUGUCAUUAUUAUUAAUUAUAAUUAUUAUUAUUGAAAAGAUUUUUUUACACAGUUGUCACCUCUCCCCUCCCUCCUUACUUGAACAGUGCUGCUCUGUCUGGGCUCUUGAUGGUGAUGAAAAAAAAAUCAACAGUUUUGCAAUAAAGGGUAUGUAAUGAGUUAUUUUGCACCAAAACCUCCUGAUCUCACUCUUUCAGCCAUGCUGACUGUUCUUCCUGAUGACAUUGACAGAUUCGCGUCUCUUGUCUGUGUUUUUCAUUGACAGAUUUAAUAAAAUUGUAAAUUAAUGGA